AUGUUUUCCUUAUGCCGACGCUACAAAGAUGAUCAUGAACACGGCGCUACGCAAAUCAAAGGCGGCUACAUGCUGCGGUACAAACGGAAAUAUCUAUGGAACUCCUGGUCGGAAGAGUGGGUGGUCCUGUAUGAUGACUCCACCAUGGCUUGGUUUAAGGACGCUUCAGGCAAAUGUAUGGCGACUCAAAAACACCUGGUGAAGGAGUGUCCUGAGAUGCUGGCCAUCGCGACCUGGACGGGACAGGUGCCUCGCAGACCCACCUUACCUCCCGGAGCCAAGCUGUCUCAGCUCAUGGCACUAGGCUCCCGGCGAAACCCUGGCCAUGUCGUGUGGAUGCUCGCCAAAUCUGAUGCUGAGAUGAAAGACUGGAUGACAGCAAUAUCAAAAACACUACCAGCCCCCCCUCACAUUGAGCUGGUGAUGGCCAUGCCCUACCUUCGCACGGCGUUCAAGAGGCCCACAGUCAGAGUUAGACCAGCGACUUCCUCGGAGAUGUACAACAGGAACGCUCGCAGUGCCGUGGGGGCGCUCGACGGACGCGGCCUGGUGGCGGUCAUCAAGCGUCAGGUGCCUCUCGCUGGACAGCUGGACCAUCAGCUGGCUUGGGGACAAGGCUGGGGAUGGGUCACACUGCCUAACGGGGUUUGGAGUGGACGUUUAACCUGGUCCCAAGAAGGCGAGGACUUCGCCCUCCAUGCCAUGCCAAUCAUGCACCACACCAACGUGUCUCAAGCCUGCUCUAUGCUCGACGGAGUCACGGCAUACGAGGCUUCGGUCUACGAGCAGGCCCUAGCCGAGUAUGAUGACACAGGCACCUCCGAUGACUGGGACUUCGGAGUAGACUGUGGAGACUUUAUGAUGUAAAACCUUUUUUGACGUCUGGUUCGAAAGACUAAACGCGCUGUUUCUAAAUGAAUUCAACCUUUUUGGUCUUUGUGCGACUGCAUACUGGCCAGUAACGCCUUUUGCAAAUUUCAAAUUCUGACAGCUCAAAGGACAGCAUGUUUGGUGUGCGGAACCGAUAGAUGUCGCUGCAAGACACUAAUUCAAAGAUUAUCUUAUGUGCAGAUGAGUAGCAUUUCGUUCGUCUUAUUUUACCUAUGCUGGUCAUAAAAAUAUAUUUCUGCUAUGUGAUUGCUUACGUUUGUGUGCGAGGUUAUCCCAAUUAUUUGGAUAUCCGUACAUUCAUUGAAAUCUUUGUAUAAGUGUCCUCUGCAAAACCAAAUACUAUGAACAGUAUUUUCAUUAAAUGUUUUGAUUCCAAAUCAAAUAACAAUGCCAAAACGAUUUGUGUUAUAUAUUAACGUGUAUUUAUAAUGUGCUGGUCACAAAAAACUUAUGUGCCAAUUAAAAAGUUCAUUAAUAAAAUUAAAAAUGUCUAAACAUCUUAUGAAUUUUGAAUAACAAAUAAUAAUUCAAAGAAAGUUCUAUUUGUUAUUUCUAAAGUCUUUGAGGAAACUUUCCAAUGUCGGCGAAAAGGAAAAAAAUAUAUUAUUGUGAAUGCUUAAUCAAAGAUUUGAUUCAAAGGAGUGAUGAUUACGAAGAAGGAUAGUUACUACCUGACGUUCAACAUUGUGAGGAUCUAGACAUCAAUUAUAACGAACAUCAGUCAU